AUGUGCUUGGGAACCAUAAUCCUGCCAAGGAAGUUGUGGCUUUGUCUCCCUCGUCUUCCCUCCUGUGUCGUAGGGGUUGGAAUCGAUGGCGGGAAUGACAAAGACUGGGAGGCCAACGCUGGCAAGAUCACGCUCAUUAAGAAGAAAGGGAAAGUGAAGGCUUUGGAUGAAGAAGUCAAUAAGCAGCAGGAUAUAGACCUGGACAUUGAGUUUGAUGUGCACCUUGGAAUCGCUCACACCCGCUGGGCCACCCAUGGUGAGCCUAAUCCGGUCAACAGCCACCCGCAGAGAUCCGACAAAAACAACGAAUUUAUUGUUAUCCACAACGGAAUAAUCACCAAUUACAAAGACCUGAAAAAGUUCUUGGAGAGCAAAGGCUAUGAAUUUGAAUCGGAAACCGAUACAGAAACCAUCGCCAAGCUUGUCAAGUACAUGUAUGACAACUGUGAAAGCGACGAUAUAAGUUUCACCACCUUGGUGGAGAGAGUCAUCCAACAGCUGGAAGGAGCCUUCGCUCUGGUGUUCAAAAGUGUCCAUUAUCCUGGCCAGGCAGUUGGCACAAGAAGGGGAAGCCCUCUGCUCAUCGGCGUUCGGAGCGAGCACAAGCUUUCCACUGAUCAUAUUCCGAUCUUGUACCGGACAGCCACACAGUCUGUAGAUCAUUCAUUUGAUGGCCUACCCAAAAAACCGGACGAAGGCAAAGACAAGAAGGGCACUUGCAGCCUCUCCCGCAUGGACAGCACUACCUGCCUCUUUCCUGUGGAAGAGAAAGCUGUGGAGUACUACUUCGCCUCUGAUGCCAGCGCUGUGAUUGAGCACACCAACAGGGUGAUUUUUCUGGAAGAUGAUGACGUGGCAGCCGUGGUCGAAGGCCGCCUCUCCAUACAUCGCAUCAAGAGAAAUGCUGGAGAUCACCCUGGCCGGGCAAUUCAGACCCUCCAGAUGGAGCUGCAACAGAUCAUGAAGGGUAACUUCAGUUCAUUCAUGCAAAAGGAAAUAUUUGAGCAGCCAGAAUCGGUCGUGAACACCAUGAGAGGAAGAGUCAACUUCGAUGACUACACAGUGAACCUCGGGGGCUUGAAGGACCAUAUCAAGGAGAUCCAGAGAUGCCGGCGUCUGAUCCUCAUCGCUUGUGGGACAAGCUACCAUGCAGCUGUCGCUACUCGCCAAGUGCUGGAAGAACUGACCGAACUGCCUGUCAUGGUGGAACUGGCCAGUGACUUCUUGGACAGAAAUACUCCCGUUUUCCGAGAUGAUGUCUGCUUCUUCAUCAGCCAGUCAGGGGAAACGGCCGACACCUUGAUGGCCCUUCGGUACUGCAAGGAGAGGGGAGCCCUCACUGUGGGCAUCACCAAUACCGUCGGGAGCUCCAUUUCCCGGGAGACGGACUGCGGGGUGCAUAUCAACGCAGGGCCAGAGAUCGGGGUGGCCAGCACAAAGGCCUACACAAGCCAGUUUGUCUCCCUAGUAAUGUUUGCGCUCAUGAUGUGCGACGACAGAAUUUCCAUGCAAGAACGGCGGAAAGAGAUCAUGCGAGGCCUCAAGUUGUUGCCAGACUUGAUAAAAGAAGUGCUGAGCAUGGACGAUGAGAUCCAGAAAUUGGCCACCGAGCUCUACCACCAGAAGUCGGUGCUCAUUAUGGGGCGGGGAUAUCACUACGCGACCUGCCUGGAAGGCGCCCUGAAAAUCAAAGAGAUCACCUACAUGCACUCGGAGGGCAUCUUGGCCGGUGAGCUGAAGCAUGGACCCCUGGCCCUGGUGGACAAGCUGAUGCCCGUCAUUAUGAUCAUCAUGAGGGACAACACCUACGCCAAGUGCCAGAAUGCGCUGCAGCAGGUCAUGGCGCGCCAGGGGCGGCCUGUCGUGAUUUGUGAUAAGGAAGAUAUCGAGACCAUCAAAAAUAACAAGCGGACCAUCAAAGUUCCCCAUUCGGUGGACUGUCUGCAGGGCAUCCUGAGUGUGAUUCCUUUACAGCUGCUGGCUUUCCAUCUAGCUGUUCUCAGAGGCUACGAUGUUGACUUUCCAAGAAACUUGGCCAAAUCCGUUACGGUGGAAUGAGGUGCUGCUCGCCCAAGGCUGACAAAAAGGGAUUUCCUCCCCUUCCUUCACUUUUGGUACCGAAAAAACCCCCGCUGAUUUUAAAACAUUUCUCCCGUGAUCGAUUCUUACUUCCAAUAUGGAAAAAAAUCUUUAUACUGUAAUUGUUGCAUUGGUGAUAGUUAGGAGCUGAAUCCACAAAGCUCCUGGUAGCAUUUGUUCAGUGGCAGCGAAGUCAAAGAGUAAUGGGUUUUUUUUCCUCCUUUUGGUUUUUU